AGGUAGUAACUGCGUUUGGGCGACUGUCCAGUGCAGCGAACCUGGGUGCGGUGAAUGAGAGUGUGACGCAAUUUGUGUGCAUUGUCUUGGGGCCAUCGCACGACCUAAAGGAGACCAAAGGCGCAUGGGAAAACGCUCGCAACUUUGCGUCACUGCUGAGUAAUGAGACCUUCUUCGCAUCGGCGCUGGAUGCAACGGACGCAAAAGACAUCCAGGAAGGCGUGAAAGCGUUUGUGGAGCAGAACAAGGAGGUGAAACGUCGUCGGCGUAGUGCCGGUGGAGAGGAACCAGGUGAGAUCGACCCGAUGUUGGUUAAGACAGGCAAGUUCGGGGGAGGAUUGCUUGCCGAUAUCAAGCGGAAACUGCCCUGGUAUCUCUCCGACUGGACUGACGGGGUGGUGCCAUGGAACAAUCGUACUAUGAUCACCUACCUAUCGGCCACGGUGUUCAUGUACUUCUCGAUUAUCAUGCCCUCCAUCUCCUUCGGAGCCUUGAACGAUACCAACACCGACGGCAAGAUAGGCGUUAUGGAGACGCUGUUCUCACAGGCUAUCUGUGGGGCUGUGUUUGCACUGACAGCGGGACAGCCACUCACAAUCAUCAUGACCACCGGACCACUUACCAUCUAUACCCAGGUCCUUUAUUCCUGGGCCGAAGCCAUUGGCAUCAAUUUCUUGCCCUUCUAUUCGUGGGUGGGCGUAUGGACAGCGGUCUUCAUAAUGAUUAUCGUAUUCACCGAUGCGUGCUAUCUCAUCAAAUACGUGGACGCGUUCACGGAAGAGAUCUUUGGCUUCCUUAUCAGUGCCAUCUUCAUUGGGGAGUAUAUUAAGCCGCUGAUAAUCAGUCGCCAGGACGAUUCUACGGAAGUGUUCCUGCUGAACUUGGUACUGGCGACAGGCACGUAUCUGGUCUCUGCAUAUCUACUGAUGGCCAAGCGCAGUUUCCUGCUUCGUCCUAUAAUCCGCACACUCAUCUCCGACUUCGGCGCACCCUUCGCCAUCAUUGCUAUAUCUCUACUGUCGUAUGCAUUUGAUGUGCCAGUGGAAAAACUUCCACUGCCCACACGGUCUGGCUUCUCGACUACGAACGGGCGGAGUUGGUUGGUGCCGAUGACAGAUAUAGGUAUGGGAUGGUUU